GAAGGACCCAAGAAGGGCGAGAAAGGACCCAAGAAGGGCGAGGUUGCGCUGGGCAUCCUGGGAGUUGUAGUGUACACUAGAAAGUACCCUUCACGCAGCCGCAAACUGACAGCCACUUCCGGGCUCCGCCUCUCAUUCUUCAGGAGAAAAUCUUUUGGAGUUUCCCAGAGGGACAAUGGCUACCUACAGCCUGGCGAAUGAGCGAUUACGCGCCCUGGAAGACAUUGAAAGGGAAAUCGGCGCCAUCCUCCAGAAUGCAGGGACUGUGAUCCUAGAACUAUCCAAGGAAAAAACCAAUGAGCGGCUCCUAGACCGGCAGGCGGCGGCCUUCACCGCUUCAGUGCAGCAUGUGGAGGCGGAGCUCUCGGCUCAGAUCCGUUACCUCACUCAGGUGGCCACAGGGCAGCCCCAUGAGGGCUCCAGCUACUCUUCAAGGAAGGACUGUCAAAUGGCUCUGAAGCGAGUGGACUAUGCCCGCCUGAAGCUAAGUGAUGUGGCCCGAACCUGUGAGCAGAUGCUGGAGAGCUAAGCCAAGGAAGUGGAUCCAGAGUGUGGUGGGAGACCCUGACCUGUACGCUGGGACAGAAACCAGAGGCCUGUCGGGUAGGGUACCUGGACUGACACAUACAUCAGGGUCAACUUGAACAAAGAGGCAGAAGGUGGAAAUGGAGAAACUAAAAUCAAAGCCUGCCCACAGCUGUGCCCUGGCUCCUCCACGGUGCUCCUGCUAUACACUUCACAAACUGCUAUGCACCUCACAAACUCAGGAGCUGGAGAUUCAGCCACCCAGCCCACUUCUUUAUGACCAUCAUCAGCCCCAACACAUACCCUGCCCUGUCUUGGGCUUCCCAGAAACUUGGCCCAUUGAAGGUACAUUCUUCCUUAUUGAAACAGCCAAAACAUAAACUAAGAUUCUUAAUUAAAAAAAGCAAUAACAAUUUUUAAAACUCAGACUCUGGAGUAUAUGUGAGUGAUGCAAGAGAUUAAGAAAAGAAGCCCAGCCUGUAUAUCAACAUAACAGCCACUCAGAAGGGAGGAUGGGAAAGCCCAGGUCUUGAGUGUGGGACUGGAAAGAACAGCUGGUGCAGUGUGAAGGAUGACUUGUGAGCAAAGAGAGCCAUCAGUCUGAAAUCCUUCAGCAGAGAAGCUGAAGUCAGGAGUCAUCAUGAGGCAGCAAGGGCCUGGAGCCAAUGUCUGUAGAAAGAAAAGUCAGUAAUUCUACAAGUAACAUUUAAUAGUUUUUUUAAAAACCACAGAAUGUCCAACCCAUUAUGAUGCAGUAUAAAAGUCAUAUUUUGUUUUUCAUGUAUUUAUUUUUUCCAGGGCUAGGGAUUGAACUCAUUCAUGCUAGGCAAGUACUGUAUCACUAAGCUACAACCCCAGGCCCCAGAUUUUAUAGUAUUGCAUAUUUUUAAAACAGGAGGCUAAGAGAGCAGUUAGUAAUAUAUUAAAUUUGUCAAUUGCCUAAAAUAUCAGAAAUUAUAUUAAUUAUGUGAAGUACUUAUAAAGCAGUCCAUGCUCCCAAGCUCCCAUUCUUGCCUCAGGAUUUGGAAUCUGGUGUUGAAGGUGUGUGUUGAUAAAGCUGUAGAUCUGAAAAGGAUAAAGAAAUUGAGAGAUGAGUUCUGAGAUCAAGUGGAGUUUGGGGAGGAGUGGUAGCUUAAGUGGGAAAUCAGACUUCCAGAUAUUAACCCUAGGACUUUGUACACAGUAAAUGUUUUUGAGUUGAAUGAAUGGUCCUUUCCUUUCUCCACAGCUUUAUCUCCUGCUAGCCUGGUCUAGCUUCACCUUGCUCCAAACACUACCAGGCUUUAAAGUCCAAGCACUGGACCUGGACUCAUAGUACCUUUCCUCCCUCUCCACUCACUCAUCUCUGGCUGACUCUUAUAGGCAGCUUAUAGCCCACAGUACAAAAGCUUUAAAUUUUGUGUGAUGGGUCAGGUUUCUAGCUAUCUGAGAACUACAGGGAGCAGUAUCCCUUCAAGGAAAGCUCUGGAUCCCUGGGCAAAAGGUUACCUGGCAUCAUAGUUACUUUUCUCACUGCUGAGACAAAAUACUCAACACUCCAAGAAAGAUUUAUUUAGGGCCAGGAUUUAGCUCAGUGGUUCCAGCGCCCGCUGCGCAAGCGCAAGUUCGAGUUCAAUCCCCAGUACCAAAAAGAACAAGAAAGAUUUAUUUCAUCAUCACAGAAGAUAAAACAGUCCAUGGCAAAGAGCCAGAAGGCAGCCAGCAGUGAAGUAGCAAGCAGCAAGCAAAAAGCAGCAACCAUAUCUGUUGUCUUCUGCAAGUCUGCUCCCAGACCUAGGUUUGGGAGCCCGGACCGGCAGGGUAAGGCGCAGAGUCACCAGCCGACUCUGGGGAGAUUUCAGGAACGCUUCUGCUUUAUUGAGGAACUACACAAGCUUAUAUAGCGAAAUAAAAGGGCGAUUACAUACGUGGGGUUAUAACAGCUUUAGCCUUGGCAUAAUUUGAUUGGAUGGAAAGGGAUAUAAUUAUACACAAUGGAGAACAUAUGACAUCCUCUUAUUAGUUAAAUUUAUUUUAAACUGUAUGGGGUGAUUGUCUGGGCGAGGGGAAGGAGUCAUGACCCAAAGAGUGAGGAGGUAUGCUCGACUUGAUCUAGUUUCUACACAGUGGAGUGAGCUUGCUCAACUCUGUUUUUUGUCUCUGAGCAUGCUCAAGAGCGGAGUGCGGCAUACUUGACCCAACCAGACCUGAACUUCUUCACAUAUCAACCCUCCUUCUGUUUCUUAUAUCCUAUCCAGGGCAGGAAGCUCUCACAGCCAGUUGGAGUACCC